GCUCCAGCUAUCCUUGUUUCCCUGCUUAACGCAGAAUGCUCAUCACCAUGCCCCUUAGUAUUACUCUAAGAAGUUCACCCUCUGCUAAGAAGCAUGAACGGUACUUAUUGCCGUUCAAUAGGUGAUGGGCGUUUUUUUGAGGAUGGCGAACAUAGAAUAUCUAUAUGCGUUUUACUUGUUGCGUAAGAGUGACCAGGUUGCCGCUGACCGACGUUGACCUGAGCUCUGAAGCUUUAUGGACUGUUAGCAAGAAAGAUGAUAAGUGCGGUUACAUCGGUAGCUUCUAAUGAACCAGCGUUGAGGCGUCUGAGGGAGGAGCAGCAGAAUGAGGAGCAGCAGCGCAUGUCCUUAUUAAUGCGACGGAAAGUCAGCGAAAUCAGUUCGCGUGCAGAGGAAGAGGAACCAGAGCUACAAACAUCCAGUGCUCAUCGGGCUCAGACCGGUCUGAACCCUCAAAGUGAUGCUGGCAUUCCUCCUCCUACUGGCGACGGCCAGCCUCUUCCGACGGCUACACUUCAUCCUGGGGAGGAUGUCCCGACGAAUGGACCGGCGCUGGCUGCUCCCUUUGGUACCCUUUUUAACCGGCCGGUACCACCUGCACCGAACUUUGUCGCCGAGCGAGUCGACAACGUCUUGCAGCUCACGAAGGACAAGUUCGGCGCCUCCGUGCGGGUGCAGCACAAACUCGCUGAAGAUGUUAUGGCAGCUAUCGACGUCGCGGUGGCUGCGAUGGAGAGCGCCCAGCCCGCAUCGCCACGGGGCGUCACUGGUCGCAAGCCAUGCAAGAAUGACAGCCAAUCGCAGCGCCAGGGCAUAAAGAUGGAUUUGGUAGUUACAUCGUCGGCAUCCGCUAGGUCGCCAUCAAGUUAUGGGAUAGAGGAACAGGUCAAGAAUGUUUUCACGUACGACCUAUUUGAGGAAAACCCAACGUGGGCGGACUUCCAGGUCUCCAGGACGGCGCAGAAGGUCGAGGAGUGGGAGGAAAAGCGCGCACGGGCAACUGGUUUCUGGUCAAAGCUGGCAAGCAGCAAGAUCCGGCAAUGGACCUACAUGACUCUGUCGUACCCAGACUACUCCUUCUGGUCAGUCCUGGUGGGCGCCACCAUCCUCUUCCUCAUCGUCCUCAACACCGUUACCUUCUGCAUUGAGUCUGUCCCGCAUUACAUGGACACUCCACUCUACGACUCGCUCGUGAUUGUGGACUACAUCUGCAUGGGGUUCUUCACCGUAGAGUAUGUGCUGCGCUUGUUGUGCUGUCCCAGCCUGCCCCGCUUCCUGGCGUCUUUCUCGAACUUCAUCGACUUGGUCGCUAUCAUGCCCUUCUACUUUGAGUGCAUCGUGCGGGGGUCCUCCAAUGGUAAGGACAACGAGGCCUUCCAGACGCGUGUUGUACGACUGCUCCGCAUCCUUCGAGUGCUCCGCAUCGUUAAGAGCAUACCCAAGCUCCGCCACCUAACCAUCGUGGUGGAGACCCUGCGGUCCAGCGCCGCCGUGCUGUCCAUGCUGGCAUUCCUGCUGACGGUGCUGCUGGUGGUGUUUGGCAGCAUCUUUUACUUUGUGGAGCCGGAAACCUUUGACAGCAUUCCGCAGGCAAUGUACUAUGCGCAGGUGACGCUAACUACUACCGGUUACGGCGACGUUUACCCGGUCACACCCUGGGGCAGAUUCAUCGCGGGUGCCUCCAUGCUCCUCUGUAUGGUGAUCAUCUCGCUGCCCAUUGCGGUAAUCGGCGGCAACUUCUCCAACGACUGGGCCCAGUACAAGAGCUUCCAGGCCGCUGUCAGCCGCAGCUCCCUCGUGUGUCCCGACUUUCGAGAACUUAAGGCAGAGCUGGAGGCGUACGAGGAGGCGCUGGAUGACGUCGUAUCACAGUUGCAGAAGGGUGAGGAGGCGUCGGAGCGGGAGCUCUCGCAUGUCCGCAGGGAUCUCGCCGCCGCUCGAACCGCCCUGGAUCGCGGCGGCGGUGGCGGCGGGCUGCCCGCCAUAGGCCGCCCCUCCAGGCCCAUCGGCCUCUUUAAUGCGGCCCUGCAGGCCGUACGGAACCUCAAAUCCCAGGGCCACCACAGAACUGGCAGCGUCACCGCCAUGCACACGGCGCUGGCUAGUGCGGUUGGUACAGGCGCUCCAGACGCUGCGGGCGGCGGUGGCGGCGGUGGCAAUGGGGGUGCUGACGGCGGUAGCGGCGGAGAGCCCGCUGCUGGUUCUGCUGCCGGUAGUCUAGGGCUAGCUGCUUUUCGCGGCAGCUUUGGGCGAAGCUGGCAAAGGAUGUACAAUCGCGUGUUCAGUUCGGGACAUGGGCUCGACCAGCCACUGCCGCCAGUGCACAUCGGUCGCACUAGCACUAGCCCAGAGGCAGCAGCGGGAGGACCGACUGUGGAGGUGCAGAUCAGUGGCGAGGCGGACGGUGGGGCCGCCGGCGGUGGUGGCGGCAGCGGCGCGGCUUCCUUCGUCGAUGUAAAGAUGACCGGCGAGGAGGAAGCGAAGCCGCGAGCCAGCGAGGAGCCCAAGCCGCAAGGCAGCCCGGCAGGCUGGGAGCUGGUGCAGCAGAAGGCCAUGCCGGCAGCAGCGGCCACGGUUGCGUCGAGGCGGAGACUUGUCUGCGGCGAGGCCUCGCUGUCCGACAUGCACGUAACUGGGGCUGCGGAGGUGACGCCGCCCUCACACGCGCCAACUGGAACACCACCGACCCUUGGGUCAUCGACACACGGCUGCGAGCCUACGUCUCCGCAGGCGCAGCGACAGUCACAAGCAGUCACCGAAGGCCAACUUCGGUCGCCUACCUUGGAUGGCGUGCUGGCUUCACCCUCCGUUCCCAUGGCGGGCCUUGCGACGCCCACCGUAACGCAGCCCUCACACUCCGCAUCCGGCUACGUGCCGUCGCAGCCCUUCAAGCCCCCGCCCAAAAGCGUUGAAACGUUACGGAGCGGCGGAAACGGCUUCCUCAUGGGCGCUUUUGCUUCAACACACAGGCAGAACACGGAUGCCGUGGGUCUGGUGGCGGCCUCCACGUCACUCAGAUCGCUGAACGUGACUGCCUUAGUAGCGACGGACAGUUCCGCGCUGGUGGCGGCGCAGGAGGCCCUCACGCGUGCGGCUGCGGGCUGCGCUCGCGCUCGGGAGCUGCGGGUGCAGCAUGAUACGCUGGCACAGCUGGCUGAGCUGCUGCGGGCGGAUGAGGUGCCUCUCAAGUUAGAAAAGCUGGAGGAGAACCACCGCAUGCUGCGCGGCUGGCAGGACGAGGUCAAGCCGCUAGCAGAGCAGAUGUGGCGGGUACGAGGUGCGCUUGACGAGCUGGCCUGGACGCUGGAGGAAGAUGUGGAGCCUGAGCUGCGAAAGUACCUGCCUGGCUCGCCCGAGGAGCGCGCGGCUGAAGACGCCAAGCUGGGUGCGACACGUCAGCACUCCCUGGCUGCUGUGGAUAUUUCGGUGGUUGCGGCCGGGAAGGGCCCGGCGUGUGGCGUCUGCGGCAACGGUGCCAUCGCUAAUGGCACGGGCACCGUGGGCGGUUGAAGAGCCCGUCCGGCUGCGCCGCAUGCAUAGGAGCUGAGGAGGUAUCAGGGUUUGGUGGUAGUAUUAGGGUUUGGUGGUGCUAAGGGCGCUGGUGUGUAGGGCUGGGAUAGUAGGUAGGCGGGUCGGUGUUCGCUGGCGAGAGGGACACACGGAGAGUCCGGCUACGGGUUGCGAACGAGGAUGUGUCCUUGUGUUGCCUACAUGGCGGUCGCGGAGGUGGAGGAGGACUGGCAAAGCAUGCGGCACCUUCACAGUCCGAAGUGCUGCUUUCUCAUUCAUCUGUCAUAGUCACUUGAGUUAGAUGGGUCGGUUUUGCUAGAUAAUGCACGUGAUGUCAUGGGCUCAGUUGCAACAUUGUUUGCAGCAUUUAACGACUGCCAGCGCCAGCCCGGUAGAGGUUGGAAGCGGUUCAACAGGCGUGACCCAUGGUUCACUAGUGAACCAUCCCCGUACAUGGGCCUUGCGACGGGCAUUUGGGACCCAACUGUUGCUGUUCUGGUUGUUAGCGGCACACUGACCAUCCGGUACAUUGGUCCGCACCAAUGUUUUACUUCAUGUGGACGCUCGAAGGUAGACGCUCGUUGCUCAUCUGGUUAGGUGCACGCGCACGAGUUGGGAUCCGCAACCUCGUAUUGAAGGUCUUUCGGUUUACCCGUGCGCCGUCUUGUGCAUGGAGGUGCAUUCAUGCGGAGGUAUGUGACUCUGUUAGGGAGUCUGUCCUUGUCCAAUCUUGAUACUAUGGCUCUUACUAGCUUAAACUGGUGUGGUGUCGGCAUUGGCAGGCUCCACUUUUGCCUGUAUGACAGGAAGGUAUUUAUGUUGCAAUGAAACUAGUCUGGGCAGGGGAAAACGUUUUACUUGUUGUUUCAAAUAGGGUACCUUGGGAAUCUGCCGGCUAACGCCUGAAAGCGGAUUUCUGGUCCUGAUAGUGUGGCGGGCCCCGUGUUUGGUGGCCCACAAAUGCGUCCCGAACGUGCAUUCAACGUACUUGCAUUUACCGGUAUGUGUGACUGGCGGACAUAGACGGCUGUGGGACUCGUUAACUGUACAUGCCGUAUGCCGUAAACUGAGAAUUGUUUGCGGACAAGCUUCACCAACUUCACUGUUCUGUAUGGGUGUUACACUGCUGCUAGUAUGGCCCUGGCCUGGAUUACUACUGUAAACACGUGCUGUUACCGGUA